CAAGCAACACCUCUCACAUUCUUCUAUUUUUACGUGCAAGUUAACGAUCAAUAUCUCAUUACUAUCAUAUCAACACAUAAUCUUCUCUUUUGCUUUUCCUAAGCUACUCCUACCUAAAUUUUUCAAUAGUUGUUACACCUGCAAAUUAUACACAAGAAACAUGAGAUAGAUUUAAAUGUAAAUUUUAACAUUACUUUUUUCACUUUUCCUUGUGAUUUGAGUUGUUCUUAAUUUCAAUGGCAUCAAUAAGCAACAUUGGUUUACAUGGGAAUUGGAAUCUGAGCAAUGCAAAGAAGGAAAAUGUGAUCUACACAGGAAAUCUUAGAUUUAAUUAUUUUCAUCAUCACAACAACAAACGAAGAUUUUCACCGGUGAUUACAGGUUGUAACCAUGGAAGUACUUAUAAUAAAGUGGACACAAUUAAUGGAACAAAAGUGAAUGGUUUACAAGUGGCAGAGGCUCCAGGAAAAUUGAGAAAUGAAAAUACAACAGAUGUUGGUCUUGUUACAAAUGGAAAAUUGGUUGAAGGAAGGUUUGUGUUUAGACAGAUUUUUGUUAUUAGAUCCUAUGAAAUUGGUCCAGAUCGCACUCUCACCAUGGAGACACUCAUGAAUUUUCUUCAGGAAACUGCUCUAAAUCAUGUUACAAGCUCUGGGAUAGGAGGAGAUGGAUUUGGAGCUACGCGUGAGAUGAGUCUAAGGAAACUCAUUUGGGUUGUUACUCGAAUUCAGGUUCAAGUGCAGAGAUAUAACAAAUGGGGAGAAGAAAUUGAAGUUGAUACCUGGGUCGAUGCCGCAGGAAAUAAUGGAAUGCGAAGAGAUUGGAUAAUCAGAGAUCGAUGUACGGGAGAGAUCAUAACUAAAGCAACAAGCACAUGGGUGAUAAUGAAUAGAGAAACUAGAAGAUUAUCGAAAAUACCUGAAGAAGUUAAAAGAGAGCUUUCUCCUUUUUACAUUCAUAGGAUUGCUGUAGCUAGUGAAGAAAGAGACUGUGAAAAGAUAGACAAACUCACUGAUGAAACUGCUGAGACAACACGUUCUGGUUUGGCUCCAAGGUGGAAUGACAUGGAUGUUAACCAGCAUGUAAACAAUGUGAAAUACAUCGGAUGGAUAUUAGAGAGUGUGCCGAUGAAAGUUCUAGAAGAUUAUAAAAUGAAAAGCUUGACUUUAGAGUAUAGGCGUGAAUGUACACAAUCAAAUACGUUGGAAUCUAUGACAUGUCCAACAGAAAGAGUGAUAGGUGAAUCUGAUAAUAAUUCCAGCAACAGAAAACCUGAUCUGCAAUACACACACUUACUUCGUUUACAAGAUGAUAAAAAAGAAGUUGUUCGAGCUAGAUCUGAAUGGCAUUUAAAGCAAAAUCAGCAAUGAUGGAAACUAUACAUUAUACUUUAGUGAUGUUUCUUUGUUUUUCUUAUUAGGAUCCUUUAAUCUAUGUACUUGUUGAUUUUGUCAAUUAAUUUGAGAUAUCAUUUUCUUGA